AAAUAAUUGCGUAAUGGUUUAAAGCUAGAACAAAAUGUAAUUGGCUGCUCUCAGUCUACGUGAUUGUAUGGGAUUGAAGUCAAACCAUCUCCCUACCUAAAUAGGUAGCCUAGCUAAAUCUGAUCAGUCCAACAGGUACAAGGAUGGAUCUUAUCCUGAACUUUGCGGAUCAGUACUUCUUUACUCCUUAUGUGUACCCUGCCUCCUGGCCGGAGGAUGAACCUUUAAGGCAGAUCAUUGGCCUGCUGGUUGUCACCAACAUCGGGGCGGCCAUUUUAUACCUGGGCCUGGGCAGUCUCAGUUACUACUUUGUCUUUGACCAUAACUUGAUGAAACACCCUCAGUUUUUGCCGAACCAGGUACGAAGGGAGAUUAAGUACGCCAUGAGUUCUUUGCCCUGUAUCAGCAUACCCACAGUGGCCUUGUUCUUUGCUGAGGUCAGAGGAUACAGCAAACUUUAUGACAACGUCAAUGACUUUGCACUCGGCUGGCCUGGAUUGAUUAUCAGUAUGGUCUCCUUCUUGUUUUUUACCGACAUGUGCAUCUAUUGGAUCCACCGCUUUCUCCAUCACAGACUCAUUUACAAGUACUUCCACAAGCCCCACCACGUGUGGAAGAUCCCCACCCCGUUUGCCAGCCAUGCUUUCCACCCAGUGGAUGGCUUCCUGCAGGGCCUGCCGUACCACGUCUACCCCUUUCUGUUCCCCCUGCACAAAGUCCUCUACCUGGCCCUGUACAUCUUCGUCAACGUCUGGACCGUGUCCAUUCACGACGGCGACUACCGGGUCCCCAGCCAGCUGCAGGAGGUCAUCAACGGCUCUGCCCACCACACCGACCACCACCUCUUCUUUGAUUACAACUACGGGCAGUACUUCACCCUGUGGGAUCGACUGGGAGGGUCCUACAGACACCCCUCAGCACUCCAGGGCAAGGGCCCCCACGACUGCAUCAGGAGGCUUUUUGCGCAGGGCAAGCUUAGCAAUGGCAGCAACGGGCACAUGGACACCAGCAACAAAAUCCACAAGCAGGAGUAGUUCCUCAGUUCCCAUGCGGUCAUGACGGACACCCUUAUGUUCGCAAAACCCCAGAAAUGACAUUUGUUUGCCUUUUUAACUGCAAGAACUUAACUAGCAAGUAGCAUAGCUCUACUUCAGCACUGUCGUUUCUCUGCUGUGUGACUGUCAGGGUUGAUAAAUUGUUAUUAAGAAAGAGAACAAGCGUCAUGCGCAAAAUCGAGAACAAUAAUUUCAGAAUUAUGAAGACACCGCUUGUAGAAUAUAUAAGCCUGGUCAGUAUCUACUUUGAAAUGGUUGCAGUUUUCUCGUUUGCCAAAUGUUGGAGAUAUCAUGUAGUUUCAUGAUAUUAAGAUUGCAUUGCCUGUGUUCACUUUCUCCCUCCCUCGCCAAGCUGUUUGACAAAAGUGAUUUCACUCAGUAGUAAGAGCUAUCCCCAUCCGUAAUCACUAAUGAUGGAGUCAAAUGCGAAAAAAGAGAGACAAGAGACUGGAUGAGGAUUGGGGUCACCUGUUGGCUUAGUGCUGGGCUUGCUGGAGUGGCAUGGAUGGCUGGCAGGCAGCUGGGAAACAAUCCGUGCUUGUUUAUAACUGGCUCUCUUCCUUUUUCAUGAAAUGCCAAUAUUGUGACAGCUAGAUUAUAGACUUUAAAAAGUGAACCAAUAUGGAGAAAAAUGAGUAAUCUAGUGUAAAUGUGAUCAUUUUGAACAGGUGGUCUAUGGCUGUAAAUGCCAGAUGGUGAUCAAACGAAGGUGCAGUAUUUGCGCGCUGGGCCUUUUAUCCUUAGGGUGUCACAAUUUCCUGUUUAUCAAAUGCUAACGAGUAGAGAAGCUAAUUAAACCGCAUGCAAAAUUUACAGGAGCCAGCUCAAGGCAAAGCCGUGAUGAGUUGCUGUGACGUGACGCAAUAAUGUCAUUUUUCUUACAUUAACUCGUAAUGCCGAUAAAUUGUCAUUUGAAAUGACAAAAUUGAGACUCAGAUUAUGGAACUCUUUGUUUCAUUAUUUGAAAAUAAAAGCAGAAUGUGUGUGUUUUCAGGUGGA